CGGUUGGGAAGGGGUGUGUGAUUGGGCGCGACACACGUUACCUAGGAAUGUUAUUAAAUAGUUACAAUUUUGAUACGAUUUAGUAAUCCCUUAUUUAUGCUUUAGUGUAAAUAAUCUGUUUUAAGUCAGGAUGGUGAUGCUACGCAGCAGCGGCGUGGGCGCGGAACCAGCAACUCCGAAGAGGAAUCGGGCUGACUUGGAUACGAGCUCCGAGUUUCUGUCCCUGCAGCACUCCUCGCAGACAAAGUCGAGUCGUCUGAAGAGGGGCCUGGAUGACAGCUUCAGCAGCACUGAAAAGACGAGAAAUGUGAGGCCCUUUUAAAUAGUUGACAUUAUAAAAUGUCACUGUAAACUCCGCUGUUGAUCAUUGAAAUGUGUUAGCAUGUUAGCUAACUGACAGCAUAUGUUAGCUAACCAGCUAACUAGCUAGCCCGCCAUUGACGUUUGUGCCUAGCUAACCGCAUUCUAUGCCAGUUGUAACCUAACGUUAGCUAACUGGAUGCUAAGGUUCUAAAUUAGUUGGCCUGUUACCCCAUAGGGAUGUAAACUAGAGAUAGGGGCUAUCUCCCAUAGAUGUAUAUAUCGUGGAGUUGAGUAAACUAAGCUAGUUAGCUAGCCCCUUGGUUAGUAAGUGGAACUGACGAACUACAAUAAAAGUGGUUGUUUCUGAAUGUGGAUAGGUAUGUAGCCUGCUAGCUAACUUAUAUAGUUAGCCAGCUGUAAGUUCGCUUACUAACGUCACACUUAAAAUGACUGGAUCCUUCUGUGAAUGCAGCUGAUGUUUUUGUUUUAUCCUAACAUAGGGUCACUCGAUGGUGAAGGAGGAGGAUAGCCCUCCCAGACGAGGAUCCCUGAGGACCAGGGGACAGACCGUCAAACAUGAGGUGUCCUUUGCUGAAAUGAAUGGCCAGACUAAGUGCCCAACCAAGUCCCCUGAGAAAGAGGAGGAAACUGGCGAACACAGCACAAGGUAACUACUUAUGUUUUAUGCAGAUAAAUGGUAUUCAUUGUAUGUGAAUCAGCUUCCACUCCUCUCUGUAUAGUCGGUGAUACCGAACAUGAUGUUUACAAACAUAAGAAGGUAUGUCAUCACAACCCAGGCCUCCAUCUUUAAGUUCUCAUUUUGUUUAUCUCUGCAGGAAAUCCCCAAGACUGCAGGGUGAUGGAAAAGCCUCCACAUCAUCCAGGGACAAGCAAUCUGAAGCUGGUAACUACAUCAUUUCUAGAUCACAUUUACAUGAAUGAAUGCCACCUCCAACAGUAUAGCAUGAAGGAGACACCAUUUAGUUUAAAUUAUUUCAGCUACAAUGUUUAUCAUCAAGUUACUAUUUUAUUUUUUAUAUAUCUUCUUCCAGAUGCUACUGAUGAAGUUGAGGAAGAAGAGGCCUCUACUCUGAAGAAGACCCAGUUUGUCCUGCGUCCCAGGGAGGAGGACAGCUCUGUGAGACGCAGCUCCAGGAUCACCAGAUACAAGCGCAACUCCAGGAACCAGUCUGUGCUCUAUAACCGCCUCAUCACCAAGUAAGAACAUCUCCAUCAGCAGUCAUCGUGCAUCAGGGGUGGCCAACCCUCCUAGCUACCCAUCUACCACAGGGUUUUUCUCCAGCCCUAAUCAAGCACCGGGGCAGGAGAAAACGCCUGCAUGCACAGUAGCUCUCUAGUAGGAGGGUUGGCCACCACUGUUGUACAUCCUCUUGUCAGUCUGGGUUGCAUGCUUAUAAAGGCAAAGUUGAUAACAGUGAAAUUAACGUGCGUUACUUUUUCAUUCUAUUCGUAAAGUACUGCUGAGGCAGUGCUGCAGAAGAUGGAUGACAUGCAGAAAAUGCGUCGGCGUUUAAGAAGCAGGGAUACUACAGAGGAGGUAAGCUUAAUUAAUGCUACAGGUUCAUAGCUUUAUAAUAGAGGUCGUUAAACGUCACCGUGAUGUCUCCCGUCAAUGUCAUGCUCCCCAUUCUGUUAGACCCUGUACGCUGGGGCCAAGAGGAAAAGGGCUUCUGAAACAACCGAUGAAGGAACUGAAGACCCUCAAGAGAAGGAGAAUGGAGGGAACUCCAGUGAAGAAGAGCAUGAUAAGGAAGAGGGAAGCAAAAAUAAUCAGGCAGAUGAGGAGGAGGAGGAUGAUGAGGAGGAGGAGGAUGAUGAUGAAGAGGGUGAAGAUGACAACCAGAAACGCUAUGACUUCAGGCAGAGGAAAGCUGCAGUUCGCUACCAGGCACCUCGGGAGGGUUAGAUAUUUUCUGUUUAAACUGUUUGGAUCUUUUGUUUCACUGAAGUCUGUAUACUUACAGCCAGCAGCACCAGUACAUGUACUCAACAUUUAUUGUCAAGCUGUACUAGUAGUUAUUAUUCCCAUCGCUUGUCCUUCGACUCAUUUCUCAUGGUUGACCUUUUUUAUUUCCCACUAUCCCCACAGAGCCCAAGACAAAGUCCAUCUUCUUCAAGACUUCAAGACACUUGUCCCCAUCCAGGCGGAGGUAUAGGUUCAGCUCUACUGGUCCAAGAAGCCCUUACAACAGGAGAGGCAGCAGGUCGGUAGGCUACAGAACCUAGUGCCUACUACCAUGUCAGACUUAUCAAGUUUAGUUUAACGUUGUUUACUAACUAUUACAACAAAUCACAAUUCAUUCCUAAAUGCUACUUCCUUGCGCUUCUGAUUUCUGGCAUCCACAGGAGUGUGUCUGAAAGGUAAGUCAUUGCCAGUGUGUUUUAGGUGUGUGGUGUCAUCAGGGUUUCUGUAAUGGCUGGUUUCUUGGUCAUUGAGCUGCAUGGUGAUGGGUGAUGGUCUGUGUACAGUAAGUUGUCUGUGGGUGCUGCUUGUGACUGGUCAAAUCCUGACGUUACUGGCCUUUUGACGUCUGGCUCUGCCAUACUCCUUUCUUUUCCCUGUAGAAGAAGACAUGCCAUCCACAGUAGUGACUCCACCUCCUCCUCAUCCUCUUCCUCCUCCUCCUCCUCUGACGAUGAGAAGUUCCAGAGGAGGAGGAGUAAGAGCAGGAACAGAUCUGUGAAUAGAUGUCUUCCCAUGAACCUGCUGAAAGAGGAUGUCCUGGGAAUCCACAAGGACAGGAUGAAGAUUGGAGCCAGUCUAGCUGACGUUGACCCCAUGCAGAUAGCCAGGUCUGGCUCAGCAAAUCUAGCUGCUUACCCAUGCAGAUGGACAGACCAGUAGUCAGUGACGUGACCCCAUGCAGAUCCACUAGCCCUAGCUGACGUUGACCCAUGCAGAUGGAGACGUAAGUAGCAGUGAACAGAUGCGCGUAAUAGCUGACGUUCCCAUGCAGAUGGACAAGUAGUUAGCUGGACUUGACCCCAUGCAGAUGGAUGAGCAUAGUCUAGCUGACGUUGACCCCAUGCAGAUGGACCAGACAGUAAGUCUAGCUGACGUUGACCCCAUGCAGAUGGACCAGACAGUAAGUCUAGCUGACGUUGACCCCAUGCAGAUAGACCAGACAGUAAGUCUAGCUGACGUUGACCCCAUGCAGAUGGACCAGACAGUAAGUCUAGCUGACGUUGACCCCAUGCAGAUGGACCAGACAGUAAGUCUAGCUGACGUUGACCCCAUGCAGAUGGACCAGACAGUAAGUCUAGCUGACGUUGACCCCAUGCAGAUGGACCAGACAGUAAGUCUAGCUGGAGUUUGACCCCAUGCAGAUGGACCAGGCAGUAAGUCUAGCUGACGUUGGACCCCAUGCAGAUGGACCAGGCAGUAAGUUCUAGCUGACGUUGACCCCAUGCAGAUGGACCAGACAGUAAGUCUAGCUGACGUUGACCCCAUGCAGAUGGGACCAGACAGUAAGUCUAGCUGACGUUGACCCCAUGCGAUGGACCAGACAGUAAGUCUAGCUGACGUUGACCCCAUGCAGAUGGACCAGACAGUAAGUUCUAGCUGACGUUUGACCCCAUGCAGAUGGACCAGACAGUAAGUCUACUGACGUUGGACCCCAUGCAGAUGGACCACGGCAGAAGUUAGCUGACGUUGCCCAUGCAGAUGGACCAGACAGUAAGUAUAGCUGACGUUGACCCCAUGCAGAUGGACAGAAAGUAAGAUAGCUGACGUUGACCCCAUGCAGAUGGACCAGACCAGUAAGUCUAGCUGACCGUUGACCCCAUGCAGAUGGACCAGGCAGUAAGUCUAGCUGACGUUGACCCCAUGCAGAUGGACCAGACAGUAAGUCUAGCUGACGUUGACCCCAUGCAGAUGGACCAGGCAGUAAGUCUAGCUGACGUUGACCCCAUGCAGAUGGACCAGACAGUAAGUCUAGCUGACGUUGACCCCAUGCAGAUGGACCAGACAGUAAGUCUAGCUGACGUUGACCCCAUGCAGAUGGACCAGACAGUAAGUCUAGCUGACGUUGACCCCAUGCAGAUGGACCAGACAGUAAGUCUAGCUGACGUUGACCCCAUGCAGAUGGACCAGACAGUAAGUCUAGCUGACGUUGACCCCAUGCAGAUGGACCAGACAGUAAGUCUAGCUGACGUUGACCCCAUGCAGAUGGACCAGACAGUAAGUCUAGCUGACGUUGACCCCAUGCAGAUGGACCAGACAGUAAGUCUAGCUGACGUUGACCCCAUGCAGAUGGACCAGACAGUAAGUCUAGCUGACGUUGACCCCAUGCAGAUGGACCAGACAGUAAGUCUAGCUGACGUUGACCCCAUGCAGAUGGACCAGACAGUAAGUCUAGCUGACGUUGACCCCAUGCAGAUGGACCAGACAGUAAGUCUAGCUGACGUUGACCCCAUGCAGAUGGACCAGGCAGUAAGUCUAGCUGACGUUGACCCCAUGCAGAUGGACCAGGCAGUAAGUCUAGCUGACGUUGACCCCAUGCAGAUGGACCAGACAGUAAGUCUAGCUGACGUUGACCCCAUGCAGAUGGACCAGACAGUAAGUCUAGCUGACGUUGACCCCAUGCAGAUGGACCAGGCAGUAAGUCUAGCUGACGUUGACCCCAUGCAGAUGGACCAGACAGUAAGUCUGACUAGUAACAGUAAGGAGGAAACCUUCAGGAGCUCUCUCCAGUCCAUACUGGCACCAGUCAUGUUAAAGGGGGAAAGGAUAGAUAACUGGGACAGCCCUGGACAACACUGAAAUGGUGUAAUGUGUUUUUUGUAGGUGCGUUUUGACAGCAUUGGGGGAUUGACCAGACACAUCUCUGCCCUGAAAGAGAUGGUCGUCUUCCCACUGCUCUACCCAGAGGUGUUUGAGAGGUUCAAGAUCCAACCUCCAAGGUAGUUAGAAAGAAGAAAGUGAACGGUGCAACAUACAUUUCUGCUGUAUGUUUUUAUAAACUCAUCCAUACUCUUAUGGUGAAAUGAUCUAGGAUCUGUUGUUGCUCUUGAUGUGUGUUUAUAAACUCAUCCAUACUCUUAUGGUGAAAUGAUCUAGGAUAUGUUGUUGCUCUUGAUGCUGUAUAGUAAGUGUAGAGACUUGCUGUGUGUGUGUGUGUAGGGGCUGUCUGUUCUACGGACCUCCUGGAACAGGGAAGACUCUAGUGGCCAGGGCGUUGGCUAACGAGUGCGGUCAGGGAGAGAGGAAGGUCUCUUUCUUCAUGAGAAAGGGAGCAGACUGCCUCAGCAAGUGGGUGGGAGAGUCUGAGCGCCAGCUACGCCUGCUCUUCGACCAGGUCAGUACCUACCAUUAUUAUCUCCAUGGAAGUUGGCUUCUGCUUCUGAAAUAUAUUGUAUUCCAGUUAUUGUUCCAGGAUCUUGAAACGGAGAUGAUUGGAGUUGGAGGAAGAAAUACUAAAACUAUUUUUUUUAACAACAAAUCUUUUAGGCCUAUCAGAUGCGGCCGUCGAUUAUUUUCUUUGAUGAGAUCGAUGGGUUGGCUCCAGUCCGCUCAAGCAGACAGGACCAAAUACACAGGUCAGACACUGUGUUAAUCGCUGGAAGAAUUGAUUUGAAUGCAACCAUUAUUGCUUCUCGUUUAGCUAUUUGGUGGCUUUUGUUUAGUAUGAUUAUGUCUCUGUACAGUGGGAAUAAUGUUCUGUAUGUGUUUCCAUCUUACAGCUCCAUCGUGUCCACUCUCCUUGCCCUGAUGGAUGGGUUAGACAGCAGAGGAGAGGUUGUGGUGAUCGGAGCUACUAACCGUCUGGACUCUAUAGACCCAGCUCUCAGACGGCCUGGACGCUUCGACCGAGAGUUCCUCUUUGGCCUGCCUGACAGAGAGGUGAGACAAGGGUCUUAGUGACCACUGGUGUAAUCAUUAGUGCAUGCUGUAGCAAACAGUUUUGCAACAAAAAACCAGAUUUUUAUUGGACAAAUUCAGGUAGGUCCCUCCCCAUAUAUCAAAAGUUUGGACACACCUACUCAUUCAAGGGUCUGUCUUUAUUUUUACUAUUUUAUACAUUGUAGAAUAAUAGUGAAGACAUCAAAACUAUGAAAUAACACACAUGGAAUCAUGUAGUAACCAAAAAAGUGUUAAACAAAUCAAAUAUUUUAGAUUCUUCAAAUAGCCACCCUUUGCCUUGAUGACAGCUUUGCACACUCUUGGCAUUCUCUCAACCAGCUUCACCUGGAAUGUUUUCCAACAGUCUUGAAGGAGUUCCCACAUAUGCUGAGCACUUGUUGGCUGCUUUUCCUUCACUCUGCCGUCCGACUCCUCCCAAACCAUCUCAAUUGGAUUGAGGUCGGGGGAUUGUGGAGGCCAGGUCAUCUGAUGCAGCACUCCAUCACUCUCCUUCUUGGUAAAAUAGCCCUUACACAGCCUGGAGGUGUGUUGGGUCAUUGUCCUGUUGAAAAACAAAUGAUAGUCCCACUAAGCCCAAACCAGAUGGGAUGGCGUAUCACUGCAGAAUGCUGUAGUAGCCAUGCUGGUUAAGUGUGCCUUGAAUUCUAAAUAAAUCACACAGUGUCACCAGCAAAGCACCCCCACACCAUAACACCACCUCCUCCAUGCUUUACGGUGGGAACCACACAUGCAGAGAUCAUCUGUUCGCCCACAGCGCGUCUCACAAAGAUAUGGCUGUUGGAACCAAAAAUCUCAAAUUUGGACUCCACCGGUCUAAUGUCCAUUGCUCGUGUUUCUUGGCCCAAGAAGGUCUCUUCUUAUUGGUGUCCUUUAGUAGUGGUUUCUUUGCAGCAAUUCGACCAUGAAGGCCUGAUUCACGCAGUCUCCUCUGAACAGUUGAUGUGUCUGUUACUUGAACUCUGUGAAGCAUUUAUUUGGGCUGCAAUUUCUGAGGCUGGUAACUAAUGAACUUAUCGUCUGCAGCAGAGGUAACUCUGGUUCAUCCAUUCCUGUGGCGGUCCUCAUUAGAGCCAGUUUCAUCAUAGCGCUUGAUGGUUUUUGCGACUGCAUUUGAAGAAACGUUCAAUGUUCUUGACAUUUUCCGUGUUGACUGACCUUCGUGUCUUAAAGUAAUGAUGGUCUUUUCUCUUUGCUUAUUUGAGCUGUUCUUGCCAUAAUAUGGACUUGGUCUUUUACCAAAUAGGGAUAUCUUCUGUAUACCAACCCUACCUUGUCACAACAUAACUAAUUGGCUCAAACGCAUUAAGAAAUAAAGAAAUUCCACAAAUUAACUUUUAAGAAGGCACACCUGUUAAUUGAAAUGCAUUCCAGGUGACUAAAUCAUGAAGCUGGUUGAGAGAAUGCCAAGAGUGUGCAAAGCUGUCAUCAAGGCAAAGGUUGGCUAUUUGAAGAAUCUCAAAUAUAAAAUAUAUUUUGAUUUGUUUAACACUUUUUUAUGGUUACUACAUGAUUCAAUGUGUGUUAUUUCAUAGUUUUGAUGUCUUCACUAUUAUUCUACAAUGUAGAAAAUAGUAAAAAUAAAGAAAAGCCCUCGAAUGAGUAGGUGUUCUAAAACGUUUGACCAGUAGUGUAUGUGUGUGUGUAUAUGUAUGUGUAUGUUAUUUAUUUAUACAUUUCUUUGUUCUACUGAGAUUAGGGUAUUUAUUUUCAUGUAGGAAAACUGUUUUUGGAAACAUUAAUAUUUGACAUAAAUGGUGAUGUUUGUUGUCCACUGGAGGCUCGGAAGGAUAUUCUGCAGAUCCACACCAGACAGUGGACUCCCCAGCCAUCAGACUCUUUCCUGGAGGAACUGGCGGACAAGUGUGUUGGUAUGGUUUUAUCCCUCUUCUCCAAACUGACCUAUAAUAAAAAUAAACAUUAUUUCAAACGCCAUUUUAAAUUCCAAUCUGUCAAAUAUUCAAAUAGUUUUCUGAGGCUCACUGAAAGUGUUGUGUGUAAUCAGAACAUGUAGAUGAUGCUCCCUUACGCUGUCACACUGUUUCCCAACGUCCACCUGCUGUGUCUCCUAGGUUACUGCGGUGCUGACAUCAAGGCAGUGUGUGCGGAGGCGGCUCUGUGUGCCCUGAGGAGACGAUACCCUCAGAUCUACUCCUCGUCCCAGAAGCUGGUGUUAGACGUAGCGUCUAUCUCCAUCGGCAGCAGGGACUUCCUGUCAGCCAUGAGGAAGACCGUCCCAGCCUCCCAGAGAGCUGUGUCGUCCCCAGCCAAGGCUCUGACUCCUGUAGUCCAGCCACUGCUUGGUGCAGCCCUACAGACUGUACUGGGUACAGUUAGCAGGCUGUUCCCCCAUGCAGAGCAGGGACUCAAGAGAGACAAGCGAGACAACGGUGGGUCGACUGGGACGAGAGAGAAUCUCUUAUGUUUCUCAUGUGAACUGUCUUCAUUGUCUGAUUAUUUUUAGUUGAGUAGGGUGAAAUGUUUUGAAACGGGGAGGUACUACCGGAACUUCUCCCAAUAGUUUUUUGUUGCAAACUGUAUUUUCUACGUUGUCCCCUACAAACAUGACCCAGAUUUGGUAUGCCCUCCUGCCGGUUGUAUAAGAAUGGAUAUGUUGAGUUGUAUUCUUGAAUGUCAUACUUCGUUGUCAUGUUCUAAGACAUUUUCCCACUUGUCUUUAGGUGUCCUCCCAGCUGGUGUUUUAGAAGAUGAUCACCUAUACAGUGAAGAUGAGGACUCUGUCUGCAUCAACGGUCUCUCUCACAAGGCCAAGGCAGCUGGGGGCUUCCUGCAUUUCAGCAGGUGGGUAACGGUUUUUCCAACGCACAGAAAUCCGUAUCCCAAAAGUCUUUCUCCUACUCCUCCCUGAAGUGUGCUUUUUGAAAGCUUUGAGAUCUGUGUGGGGACUGAAGUGUAGACUUCAUGAAAAAGGGGGUAGAAUGGGUAUUGAGCUCUUGUCUUGUACAGUAUUUUAUAAGCUUUUUCUCUCCCCUCUCCUCCUCUCCUCUGUUCUCCCAGGAGCGUGCUGAACCAACCCACAUCGUACCGUCCCAGGCUGCUGCUGGCGGGGCGUCCUGGGUCAGGUCAGAGCAGUCACCUGGCCCCUGCCGUGCUCCAUGCCCUGGAGAAGUUCACAGUCUACACCCUGGACAUAGCCGUGCUGUUCGGAGUCAGCACCACCUCUCCCGAGGAGGCCUGCGCUCAGGUACUGUACUCCCCCUUGGAUCACGCCCUGUUUUCUGUAUAGUGGCUCUAUUGAGCCCUGUGCCAUCAGCCAUGACAGACGGUGAAUCUCAAGUCUUUCCUUGAGUCCUUGAUUCUUCACAUAUUUCUCAAAACUAAUUGGAGGAGAAGGUCCAAGGAGAGAGGAAUCAAGGAGUCAAAUAAAUACUUUUGAGAUGAACCCAGAGAUAUAUAGUAUUGAUGUUCCAUUGGAUGUCCUGUAUUGAUGAACCCAGAGAUAUAUACGGUAUUGAUGUUCCAUUACAUGUCCUGUAUUGAUGAUUUGGUAUUUUAUUAGGAUCCCCAUUAGCUGUUGCUAAAGCAGCAGCUACUCUUCCUGGGGUCCACACAAAACAUGAAAUAUGACAUAAUACAGAACAUUAAUAGAUAAGAACCGCUCAAGGACAGAACUACAUACUUUUUUUUUUUUUAAAGGCACAUGAACCCAGAGAUAUACAGUAUUGAUGUUCCAUUGGAUGUCCUGUAUGUCUUGACUUGUAGAUAUUCAGUGAGGAGGUAUGCGUGUUCGAAUAAACACUUCUGUAAUGAUGUUUGGUUGUGUUGUAGAUGUUCUGUGAGGCCAAGAGGACGUCCCCCAGUAUCCUGUAUAUCCCUCACAUCCAGCAGUGGUGGGACACGGUGGGGUCGGCUCUCAGAGCUACCUUCCUCAGCCUGUUACAGGACAUCCCCUCCUUCUCACCCAUCCUGCUGCUGGCCACCUGUAGUGUCCCCCACAGCAGUCUCUUCCCUGAGGUAGGUACAGUAGACAGACAACACCGCACAGCAGUCUAGCAGGAUGUAGUGAAGACACCAAUAUGGCGGUGUAUUAUGUCUUCUGUUUGUAACAGUGUGUCAUAUGAAAAAUGUGAUUGUAUUAUAAAUUGUAUUUUAAUGUUUAAGGACUCUUGGAAGAUUAGUCCAAACGAGAACAAAAAUAGAUCCUAAUACAGUCAAAUCACCAACAGGAAACGGGAUGUGCACUCGCUCCCUUCCCCUGUGGGAGAAGCUGGAGGGUUGGAAUUGGGCUUCUGAGCAGGGGGAUCAGUCAGUCCUAUUUAUCUGAAUGUUAUGUUCACUAGGUGACUCAUCUUGGUAAAUGUCAUCCCCCCCCCCAUAGGUCCAGGACCUGUUCUGUGCUGAGUAUGGAGAGGUGCUCCAGGUUCAGGUCCCAACCCCACAGGAGAGGAGGAACUUCUUUGACGAUCUCAUCCUCAACCAGGCUGCCAAAGCUCCUGCAUCCAAGAAAAAAGCAGGUAAGAUGGCACCAUAUUCUAUGAUGUAUUUUUGUGGAAUCCUGGAUAAUGGUCCAAAAAUGGUUAAACAAGCUCAACUUCACAACUAGUAAGUAUUGUAUAAGAGGUGCCGGUAAUCGAACAGUAGAAAAUUAGAGGAGCAGGUUCUCUGUACCAAAGCUGUCGGCACUCGCUCAGCCAUGUGGUUAGUCGCUUACCUCCCGGUCCUCCUCCCCAGUGCUCGCAGCCCUGGAGGUGCUCCCUGUAGCGCCCCCUCCUCCCCCCAGGACGCUGACGGAGAAGGAGCAGCAGCGAUUGGAGGAGCAGGAGGAAGACACUCUCAGGGAGCUCCGCCUCUUCCUGCGUGAUGUCACCAACCGCCUCUCUCAGGACAAACGCUUCAAGGCCUUCACCAAGCCCGUCGACCUGGAGGAGGUGAGACUGACGAUCAAUUACUGUGAAUGAAUGUGUUCUGAGACAACUUGUUAAAAAAAAAAUAAGAUGAGGGUUAAAUAAAGAGGAAAAGAGACCAGAUGUCUAAACAUUGACAUGGUGGAAUCUUCUAGAACUGUAUCACGUGGAGAAUGACUGACCUGUUCCUUUUGGAUCAUGGUUGUGUUAUGUCUUGUCUAGGUGCCUGACUAUGCUACAGUUAUAGAGCAGCCCAUGGACCUGUCCACUGUCCUCUCCAACAUCGACACUCACAAGUACGUGACUGUGAAGGAGUUUGUACACGACGUGGAUCUCAUCUGGAAGAACUGUCUGGAAUACAACCCUGACAAAGAUCCUUCAGGUAGGAAAUAUGCUCUAUCCAGAAUUUUUUAGAUUUUGUAUGCCUGUUCAUGGGAGAAUGUUUCAUUUAUUUAAUAAAUGUAUUAAUUCAACUAAUCAUUCAUUACUUAAUUCAGCCAACACUAUUAAUUCAUUCAAACAUUCAUUCAUUCAUCCAUCCAUUCAACACUUCAUAAUCCUACUGAUGACAAGUCUGUUUACUGGAUGUUUUCCAGAUCGUCAGAUCCGCCACAGAGCAUGUGCUCUGAAGGACACUGUACAGGCCAUCAUCAAAGAUAAACUGGAUGAAGACUUUGAGAAGAUCUGCGAGGAUAUCAAGGAGUCCCGCAGCACCAGAGGUCAGGUGUUAUUCUAUUGGUGCAGAGUAGUUCUAGAAAUAAAUUGUUAUAGAGUAGAAAUACAUUUAGCUUUUCAUUUGUUCAGUUUAUUCUGCUGCUCUCUCCUUUUUUGUAUUCAAUCAAAUGUAUUUAUAAAGCCCUUUUUACAUCAGCAGAUGUCACAAAGUGCUAUACAGAAACCCAGCCUAAAACCCCCAAAAAGCAAGCAAUGCAGAUGGAUGAAAGCAGAGGAUUCCUGAUGGAUUAAAUAUGAACUCCCUCUCUCUUAACUUCCAGGUUGUGCCACUUCAAGGUUUGCUCCAUCCUACUAUCACGUUCAUCCCAAGACAAGAGCAGUGGAUGUGGAGAGCACCGAUACAGCAGGCCCCUCUAAAGAGUCUACUUCUGCUGUUCCCUCAGCUGUGAACACACCACGUCCUUCAGGUUAGCAAGCAUCUCAGUCAUGUACAGACACACAAUGCUACACAGGUUAGCGUUUCAACACUCCGCAGACAGACUUCUGUCUCCCAACAGAGGAUGAGCUACAGAGAGCUUUCCAGAACUAUAAUAUAACAAUAUGGCAUUUAGCAGACGCUUUAAAUCCAAAGCGACUUACAGUCAUGCGUGCAUACAUUUUUGUGUAUGGGUGGUCCCGGGGAUCGAACCCACUACCUUGGCGUUACAAGCGCCGUGCUCUACCAGCUGAGCUACAGAGGACCACCUAUCCUCUAAUCCUCUAAUAACUGCUGAUACUGAGAGAUGAAUGAUAAUGCCUGUCAGUUUCUCUCACCAUGUUUACACUCAUCAUUCAGUCAUUCAUAAAGGUGUUUAUUUUAUUGUUGUUGAUGAACUGAUCAUCUACUAAUCAGCAGCUCAGAAGAAGAAACGCAGGAAGAGCCGCUGGAGCAAUGGCAUCAUCAGGAAAAGGUCCUCUCCUCACACCUCUAAAGACCAUUCUGAUGUGGUGGAGGAAGGAGAGGAUGAGGAGGAGGAAGAGGAGGAGAGGAGAGGGGCAGAGAGUGAGGAGGGGGGUGACGCUGCAGAGUCGGGGCUGGAGGAGCUGGAGAUCACUGGGGCUGAGGAGACCCCAAUGGAGCGGGAAGAACCAGCCCAACAGGAGAACCAGGACGGCCAGCCCAUGGAGCAAGACACUAAGGACAGGCAGCCCAUGGAGCAAGACACUAAGGACAGGCAGACCAUGGAGGAGGCUAGCCAAGCUGGGGCUGGAGACCAGAGCAGUGAGGGCACCCAGGAUCCUGUGGUAGUGGUUGGAGCCCAGGAAAACCACAUCUUACUAGAAGGGGGAGACAAUGUAUGUUAUUUUGUUGUGAAAUGGAUGAUGCUUUUUGUAUGGAUGAUUCUCCUGCUGAAUCGAUUUGUAUUUUGAUGUUUUCUACUUUUUCCUCAUUCACCCAGGGGCAGGUGUCCACUACAGACACAACUGAGCCUCAGAGAUUGGAGGUGGAGGAAGAGACUACCACAGGUUUGUAGCCUCCCUUCACACAAUGACCCCCCCCCCCCCCCCCCCACUCAAUCUGUCGUUUUUAGGUGAACUUUGUUGAAUUGUAAACUCACUCCUCCCCUCUGUCCUCUUGUCAGAAGCGGGAGUGAGGCGUGUGACGCGGGGUCUGAAGGACCAGGGGAUGCAGCGGGUGAUGGAUGUUGACAAGGCGAUACUGGAACAGAAGACGAAGCCCCCGGUGGUGGUGGAUCACAACAAACUAAAGGUAGCUGAUUCUCACUGCACCUGGUCCAGGGUCAGAUCGUUGCCCAGCCUCCUAAUGGAUUUGAGGUUGUGUUAUCUGAUCCUAGAACUGUGGUUAAGGCAACUAAUCAAAUCAAAUCAAAUUGUAUUGGUCACAUGCGCCGAAUACAACAGGUGCAGACAUUACAGUGAAAUGCUUACUUACAGCCCUUAACCAACAGUGCAUUUAUUUUAAACAAAAAAAGUAAGAAUAAAACAACAACAAAAAAAGUGUUGAGAAAAAAAGAGCAGAAGUAAAAUAAAGUGACAGUAGGGAGGCUAUAUAUACAGGGGGGGUACCGUUGCAGAGUCAAUGUGUGGGGGCACCGGCUAGUUGAGGUAGUUGAGGUAAUAUGUACAUGUGGGUAGAGUUAAAGUGACUAUGCAUAAAUACUUAACAGAGUAGCAGCAGCGUAAAAAGGAUGGGGUGGGGGGGCAGUGCAAAUAGUCCGGGUAGCCAUGAUUAGCUGUUCAGGAGUCUUAUGGCUUGGGGGUAGAAGCUGUUGAGAAGUCUUUUGGACCUAGACUUGGCACUCCGGUACCGCUUGCCGUGCGGUAGCAGAGAGAACAGUCUAUGACUAGGGUGGCUGGAGUCUUUGACAAUUUUGAGGGCCUUCCUUCCUCCUUUGAGGGCCUUCCUCUAGCCAGUGGCAGUCUGUUUAUGCUCUUAUCGCUGUAUGGAAAUGUCAUGUCAAGCCAUGUUUGGCUUGACAAUGACAGCAAUAGAGUUGGCAAGAGCACAACCCGAUCAGGAAUCAGACUGAGGCAACUUCUUCCUUUUAGACAAAUAUGGAGGAUAUAAGACCUCCGUGCUGAACUGGUUUUCUGGUCCUUCAUUUCAGGAGCUGCUUCAGAGAGUAGUGUCUAAGACGGAGGGACAUGAGGUCUAUCAACUGGAGAAGCUAUAUGCCCUGUUAUGUCAGAGUAUCUACAGACACCGCAAAGACUACGACAAGACUGCCCUGCUGAAGGUUUGUCAUUCUAUACAUUUUAAUUUGUAGUGUAUAUAUAUUCUUCUGUUGCUAUAAGUGUACUUUAUGAAACAAAUAUUGAGCAAUGCCCCAUAAAUUGUGUUUUUGUAUGUUUUCUAAUGUUUUUUUUAUUCUCUUUCCAGGAAAUGGGAAAUGAAAUUGAAGAUUUUUCAUAA